CUGCACUUUGAAGCCUCUGUCUUUGAUUCGUCUUUUAAGACCACAAUUAAGGAUAUAUGGGCUCCUACCCUGUUCAAAGCACAGUGGAAAGAUCAAUGAAGGGAUUGACAGUCAAGUGAUGUCGUUUGCACAGGUGUGUGUGUGGGUGCGUGUACUUCUGUGUACGUAUGUUUGUGUCUGUGCGGGCGCUGUAAACGUGCGGCUGGCUUACAUAAAACGGGGGCAAUAAAUCAACAGUCGAGUGCGAAAAUUACGCAAAUGGGGGCUUUCCUCUCUCUUUCGCCGCACCUGAGUCAUUUCGGAACGGGGGCGUUGGGUUGUAAAGCGUUUAGGGUAGGCUAAUGGCAAUAUCACUUUCAUGCUGUUUGACAUAGGCUAUACACACUCUCUCUAUGGCUCACACACAGGUUGCUGCUGAGAUGCCCACUCCCCUCUAAAAACAUACACUAACACAGUUAAAUCUGCAACACUGAAUGAUAUGACUUUACGUAUAUGAGCUUGAAUGAAGCCGUUGUGGUGCUGCAAGGGGAAGCGAGGGGGGAAAGCCUGGCAUGCUAAUUUUGUAUUAGUUUAUAUUUGCUCUCCAAGUCCCUGCGCUCGACUGAAACUGAACAUCAAAGGUGAGACAGAAGAACGGUGAGCAGAGGGAUGAAGGGGAGUAGAUAUGAGCCAUAAAGGGAGGAGAUCGGGGUGCAUUUGCAUUAUAAGGCAACUCGUGGUGAAUCUCCAGGGAGUGUUGCGUUAUAUAGCCUAGAUAUUGUGUGCAGUGUACCUACUGGUCUCACUGCGCAACAUGCUGCCGCUGGAGUAGCUGAUAGAACGGAGAGUACAGCAAAAAUACUGUAAAGGCUGAAGUGAAUUGAGGAAAGACAGAGAGAGAGAGCGAGAGAGAGAGAGCGAGAGAGAGAGAGAGAGAGAGAAAGAGAGAGAGAGAGAGAGAAACCCUGAAGUGCACCGGAGCAAAGGGGAGUAUCCCGAGGUGAGGAGGAGAGAGAGAGGGAGCGGACUGGACUGGAGAGAGGGAUAAAUAGCAGAAGAAGAGAGGAGAAGAAGAGACACGGGCUUCUGCAACCGAGGAUACCUGCACACACCAAGAUAACGCGGGAGUUUAAUCUCAAUUAGAUGACAAUCUAAUUAACGGUGCUGCAUGGUGACUGCGCCAAAACGCGCACUCAUUUGGGGAUUUUCUCCUCUCGUACGUCCAACUUUUCUUUUUCUCCGCUUCAUGGACUGACCCUCGCUCGCUGGUUCGUAGUACCGAGGUACUGUGCUCAUCACUUGAAUCUCCUGUGCUGUAAACCGGAUCGGCUGUUUUAUCUGUGAUGGGGGCAACGGCGGAGGUUGGGAGCUUCGUCAACGGAUUUCUGGACAGCUUUGGCACCGCGGGUGCUGCUCCGGCUACCUUUGGCUCUCAUUUCGUUCUCACCCCAGCCGGGGCGGUGGACUACAACUCGGUGACCGGACUGAUGAUGGGGGGACAGGGGCAGCAGCAGGAGCACCUGGUGUCCGCGGAGAGGCUGUCCCGGAGCCUGGCGGACCUCAGCCAUCUGAAGGGGAUUCUGAGGCGGCGACAGCUCUACUGCAGGACCGGCUUCCACCUGGAGAUCCGUUCCGACGGCACCGUGCAGGGCACCAGGAAGGACCACAGCAGAUUCGGUAUUUUGGAGUUCAUCAGUCUAGCUGUGGGACUGGUUAGCAUCAGAGGGGUGGACAGUGGCCUCUACCUCGCUAUGAACAGCAAGGGAGAACUGUACGGAUCGGAGAAGCUGUCGGCAGAAUCCGUUUUUAGGGAGCAAUUUGAAGAAAACUGGUACAACACCUACUCAUCCAACAUCUACCGGCAUGGAGAAAGAGGUGCAUAUUACUUUGUUGCUCUGAACAAAGAUGGGACAUCCCGUGAUGGAACAAGGUCGAGGCGACAUCAGAGGUUCACUCACUUCCUACCGAGGCCCGUAGACCCAGAUAGAGUACCAGAGCUUUACAGGGACAUACUGGGCCAGAGCUGAGACUGAAGGGACGUUACCAUGACCAUGUCUGACCUGAAAAGCAACCCAAAUGCACCUAAUUCUAACCCCUUCUUGAGGGAGAUGGAAGAUCUUGUUGAUCUGGACAAAACGGGAUCAUAAAAAGUGCCCUAAAUCAACACUCUCCACCGAUAGCAUGGAGGAUGGAAAGAGACUCUCUCUGAACCAGACAGCCGGGGAGUUUGACGGAACACCAGGGAUCUUCUGUGGACAAUGUAAAGGCCCCAUUACAGAUACAGACACCUGGGCCCCUAAUAUUGCUCCUAUAUUGGCCUAUGCAGAGGCCCAGGUUGCCAAACAGAUGAUUUAUGGAUUUUGUUUGAAUUUCCACUACUUAAAUCCCACUACUACAUGCUGGUCCAAACUGCAUGUUCAUGAGGACAAAAGUGUGGGAACUACUAAGUGAGAUUAACAACUGGCUGCUAGUGGCUAUAUUGCUGUGGCUGGUUAGUCUUGUCAAUUCCACUGUUUUCAGUUAGUUUAUUCAAAACAGUACUGUGGCUGCUAAGUAACUGAUUUAUUAAAAAAUAUUAAUCCACUGUACAGUGUGGCUGGUUUACACAAAAAGCUAGUUUCAUGCACUGGAAAUCAGCCAUGUCUGUUGUGGGAAACAGAUCUGAGAGCUGGGGGAAUCACCUUUAUCAGACUGACUGUUGAGAUGCCAUGGGUGGAUUCCCUUUGAAACUGCUCCAAAGAGAGAUGCUGCUCAGAAAAUAUGACUUUUCUACAAAGUGCAUGAGGAACAAGAGAAGAAGUACGGAUGCAAUGGAUUUUUUAAAAGGACUUCUUCUGUGGUGUCCAGUGGCGGUAUACUGCGUGUUCUGUUGGAACUCUAGAGACUCAUUCUAGAACCCAGUGAAGGAAUUCUGUUGUUUUUCCACUGACUGCCGCCACGACGAGCACGGGACCGACAAAGACACCUUUACAAACCUGUUGACAGAUUGUAUUCUUAUUUAUGAGUUUUUC